UGAGGAGCCGUGCUAAUAAUUGCAGGCUAGAAAUGAGAAUUUGUCAUCACGGUCUCCUCCUGCGGCUGGCAGCGUGCAUGUUUUAAAAAAGAGCCGCUGACGCACAUCUGUAUCAGGAGGGGGCUCUUAACUUUCACAUCAGUCACUUCUUCUAAAGGCUCCGAGAGAGGAAGUUCAACAAGUCGGCAGCAGAAGACUUUCUCUUCUACGGUAUCCGCUCAUAGGCUAAAUAUCGACGAGGGAGGGCAUGUUUUAAAAGUUAAAUAAAGCCGAUUAACUUCAAUUAAGGAUAGAUAUAACCACCUGCCUGCCUGCCUGCCGCGGUUUAUAUCUGACAUUUUCCUCUGGUGUUACCAUGGGCGGAGAGUUCAUGUGCAUUUCAUGGACCUGCAGACCAGUGUGGCCAGUGUUGAUGAUUCUGGCCACAAUCCCCUGCAUGUCGUACUGCUCAGAGAGCCAACCUGCUGCAGAUGAUGGGAACAUGUUUCCACGAGGCAACCACUGGGCUGUAGGUCAUUUGAUGGGAAAGAAAAGCACUGACAGCCUGCCUGAACUGCAGGAGACAAACGGUGACUACCUCACACUCUCAGAAGCAGCCGGGGUCACAGUGAUGGAGCGAGACCGCCAGAAUCUGCUGGAAGCUCUGAAGCCACAAAAGAACCAAAAGCCGAUGAUAGUAGACAGGCUGCUUCGACUGCGCAGCGGCUGGAGAGAAGAGGACAGAGACAAAUAUCUCAGAGAGAUGUCUCACCUGCUUCUACUGGCUUUGAAACCUCAGGACAACAAGUCCACCUGAUGAACGAACCUAAAAAAAUGUUCUCCGUUAUCACAUAUCCACACUUUAUUUUAUUCUGCUGUAAUAAUAAUACACUGUUAACCCAAUAAAUAUAUAUUUUUUGUUUUUCUGAUCAACAUAACAAGUGAAAAAGCUGAAUAAAAUGUUACAUUGAGAAAACUGCA